ACCGAAAGGGUAAAAAAAUCCCUCUUUCAGUUUCAACUUCAAUUGAACUCCAAUGACUACCGAAAUUCUCCAAAUCGGAGGCGUCGACGACGACGAAAUCACCGUCAUCUACUCGACGCCGCCGUCCUUCAAGUCCGACGCCCCUAAAAUCACCAUCGAUCUCGACGACGUCGUCGAAUCCCCCGCCUCCCCCUCUACCAAUCAAGGCGAACCGUCCAACUCGAAUAGCGGCGACGACGACGUCUUACUCCGCUUCUCCUUCGCGUGCGAAAUCUGCGCCUGCGAUAAGCCAAUCAGCGACUCGUUUCAAAUCCUCGGCUGCGACCACUGCUACUGCACGCAAUGCGUCUCCAAUUACGUGGCGGAGAGGCUGCAGGAGAGCAUCACGGAGAUCGGGUGCCCCGUCUCCGACUGCGCUGGAUUCCUGGAGCCGCAGCACUGCCGCACGAUUCUGCCGCGGGAGGUCUUCGAUCGCUGGGGAGACGCGCUGUGUGAGGCGCUGAUUUUGGGGGCGGAGAGGUUUUACUGUCCGUACGGGGAGUGCUCGGCUCUGCUGAUUGACGAUGGGAUUGAGAAGGUAGUGCAGUCGGAGUGCCCCGAGUGCCGCCGGCUCUUCUGUGCGCAGUGCAAGGCUGCGUGUCACGCCGGCAUCGGAUGCGAUGAGUUUCAGCUGCUGAAGGAAGAGAGGAGCAGUGAGGAUUUGAAGCUUUGAGAGGAUAAAUAGUGGAUUUGGUGUCGAAUUUAUGUCUCCAUGCCCAGGCUGCUUGUAUGUGCUUUGCAGGUGUGGAACUAGUUUUUGCUACAAUUUCGGAACUAAGAUGGACCUACAUUUUCACAACUGUAGAAUAAGCCUACGGUUUUAAUUGAGCUUCCCGCUAUGUUGAUAACCUUUUUUUCCGCUGUGUUGAUAGGUUAGGUCUUUCAUUGUUGCUAAAAACAUGUAAUUAGAUUGUUUGAUUGGAUGAAUUGCUUUGAAUUACUUUUCAUUCGAUGUUUUUGUAAUCAUCUCAGGUCUGAAUGAUGAAAUUAUAUUUGAAGGUGCAUAUUGUGUAGUCUUUCGUAACUGUCUCUUUUAAUUUAGAAUAAGAUGGAUAAUGUGGGUGAUGAAUAUCAGAUUCGAUUUGUUUAGACAUUAAUUUUGAUAAUGGACGUCUAGAAAUUGAACUUAUAGUAAUUUAUUAGAGUGACUUGUCGGUAGGAUCCUAAAACAGAAGAAGGUAACUCAAGGUUAAGUGUUUAGCUAAAUCGAGAGUUGAUUGUUUAAAAUGUAUAGUGUUAUUAGUUGGAAUUAUUUCUUAGUCCCUUCUUUUUUGGAAAUAAAUAGUGAUACGAAGCAUUCAUGAGUUUCUAAGGAUUGUUAGGAUGAAUGAUUUUUUGUUAUAUUUAAUCUUUGCAAUUUUAUUGUUUUAAUUUCUUUGAAUAUUCUAUUAGUCGUGUUUUACCUUGCUGUUGAUCGACAAUCUAAAUACUACAAUUGAUAUUAUUUUCUUGCAGCUAUGUUGUAAGUUUGAAAACUUUUUUAGAACCUGAGUGUUUUUGCACACGAAAUGAAAACUCUAAUUUUACACCUCAAUCAACUUGCUCAUCCAAGCUUUGCUAUGUUGGAAUGAUCAUUUUUUCUUCCAACAAAUACCUCAAACUCUGGUGAUCAGUCAAAAUAAAAAAAUUUUAGCUUGGAGAUAAAUAAUGCCGCCAUUUUUUUGGGGUUUGACCAUAGAUGUUCUGAAUCCGUUUUUGGCGAUCCGACUAACCUUGCUUGACCAGGUUUGCAGAUUGAGGUCGAAAGUCUCUUAGCGGGUGGCGUAGUUAAACCGUCAUUUUUUUGGGGUUUGACCAUAGAUGUUCUUUCUCUCUUACUUUAUUGUUUCUUGCUCUUUCUUACUUUAUUAUUUCUU